AUGGCGCAGAUGGUUCCGCUUGAUAACUCCCUCAUAAAUCUCGCCUCCCUCAGGUACUGCCUUCCUCAGGUGUUGCCUCCCUCAGGUGCUGCCUCCCUCAGGUGCUGCCUCCCCCAGGUACUGCCUCCUUCUGGUGUUGCCUCCUUCAGGUACUGCCUCCUUCAGGUGCUGCCUCCUUCAGGUGUUGCCUCCUUCAGGUACUGCCUCCUUCUGGUGUUGCCUCCUUCAGGUACUGCCUCCUUCAGGUGCUGCCUCCUUCAGGUGUUGCCUCCUUCAGGUGCUGCCUCCUUCAGGUGUUGCCUCCUUCAGGUGCUGCCUCCUUCAGGUGUUGCCUCCUUCUGGUGUUGCCUCCUUCAGGUACUGCCUCCUUCUGGUGUUGCCUCCUUCAGGUACUGCCUCCUUCAGGUGCUGCCUCCUUCAGGUGUUGCCUCCUUCAGGUGCUGCCUCCUUCAGGUGUUACCUCCUUCAGGUGCUGCCUCCUUCAGGUGUUGCCUCCUUCAGGUGCUGCCUCCUUCAGGUGCUGCCUCCUUCAGGUGUUGCCUCCUUCAGGUGCUGCCUCCUUCAGGUGCUGCCUCCUUCAGGUGUUGCCUCCUUCAGGUGCUGCCUCCUUCAGGUGUUACCUCCUUCAGGUGCUGCCUCCUUCAGGUGUUGCCUCCUUCAGGUGCUGCCUCCUUCAGGUGCUGCCUCCUUCAGGUGUUGCCUCCUUCAGGUGCUGCCUCCUUCAGGUGCUGCCUCCUUCAGGUGUUGCCUCCUUCAGGUGCUGCCUCCUUCUGGUAUUGUCCUCUCCUGCCCACCACCCCACCCCCCCGCUCCCCCCUCUCUCUCCUUCAAGGUAUUAUCCUUCUGCAACCCCCCCCUCCCAUGCCCUUCCCUCUUUUUCCCUCCUAUACCCCUCCCGCUAUGUUUCUGUGUGACCUGACCCCCCUCCCCCACCAUCCUCCACACCCUCCUCCACACCCUCCCCCUCCCUCCCGCCCUCUCCCCCCCCCCCCCUCCCCCCCCCCUCCCCCCUCUCCCUGUGUGCCUCCUGCGAGCAGAGCACACGCCAGUCAACGCCUCGUUGACGCCCUUGACUCUGUGCCGGGCGGCAAGGCUCUAGUGCUGGAUGCGUCUAUCAGCGGCCCGCUCGCCUUCAUUGCCCCCAUCGCCCUCCUCAAGCUGGGCUCGGUGAUGCUUCUCCCAGCCAUAUACGCUUUGCUGCUCUCCCUCUCCCAACUCCAUUUCCGCACCCCAUUCCCCCACUACAUUCCCCCACUCCAUUCCCCCACUCCAUUUUCCCACUCCACUUCCCCACUCCAUUUCCCCCACUCCACGUCCCCAUUUCGUUCCCUCACCCCGCUUUCCCGCUUCAUUCCCCCACUCCGUUCUGCCACGUCUUUCUCCACUACUGCCCCCACUCACUCCAUUCCUCUUAUCCAAUCCGUUCCUCCCACUCUCCUCUUCCCUGUUCUCCCUGUCCGUUCUCUUGUCUUCUCCCCACAUGCCACGCUCCACCAGGUGCCUACACAAGCACAGUGCUCACUAACGCGUGCAGACUAG